AUGAAUUUUUUUAGCAUUUUAGCGAUUUUUAAUGGUUUUUUCUUGGUUAUUGUUUCAAGUUUAAAAAAUGUGCUUUUAGAAGAUGAAUCCUCUGUAAAUUUUAACUAUGAUUUUUGUAAAGGAAUGAAUAUUCAUUUUCUUAUAAGUGCAGAACAAAUGCAAAAUGAGAUUUUUUUAGAUAAAUUAUUGCUCUUGAUAGUGGGAACAACACAUUAUAUGAGGCCAAAUAAAAAGAAUUUUAUGGGAAUAUCUAUUUAUGAUGAUAAUAUAGUUUAUGAAAAAAUUGAAAAACUCGACAAACUACGUAUGUCAUUAUUUUCUGAAACAAUUAAAUCACUAUUGAAAAAUCACAUUUCUUCUACAGCAAAAAAGACAAAUUUACAUUUAUCCUUAAAAAAUUAUUAUGAAAAAAAUAUACUAGGUAAUCCAUCUCUAGAGAAGGAAAAAAAUGUUAUCAUUAUUUGUAAGAAGAUGACACCAAAUGAUUUAUCUAAUUAUUCAGAUGAGUUAAUAAAUUAUAUAAGAGAAAUUAGAAGUAAAAAUGUAGGUAUAUUCUUUUUUACGUCGGAUAGUCCAUUUAGUAGAGACAAAAUUCAUCUCAUAUCAGAUUCUCGAUAUGAUUAUGAAGUAGAAUAUCCUAUUGCAUAUUUUGUUAAUGAAGCAUAUGAUAAUAAAAGUGUUUCUGGAAUAAAAAAAUUCUGUUAUCAUUUAAAACAUGGAGCUAUUUGUUCGAGAUAUAAUGAUUGGUCAGAAUGGUCUGGUCCAUGUGAAUUUAGAAGAAGAGAACGUCAAAUUCCUCUUAAAAUAACUAUGAGUGAAGCUAGUAAUUUCCGUAUGUAUUAUAAACCUACCUGUAGGAGAGUUUUUGAUUUUACUACAGCUAUAAAAGAAGAUUAUCGUAUAGAUUGCAAUAGCCAAAUAUAUGAAUGCAGAGGUAUUUGUGAUAAAGGUUAUAAAUUUAAACCUUAUGUUCAAUAUGGAGAAAUAAUAGAAAACUACGAAGAAUGCCAUGAUUUACUACCAUGUACAUCUGAACAAAAAGAAAACGGAGAUCAUUUAUUAUUUACUGAAAUAUUAAGAAACCUUAUAAUCGAUACGAGGGAAAGGGAAGAAAUAGAAGGAAUUUUACGUAGAAAAAUUGAACAAGAUCUAGAAGGAGAAAAUGAAGAACAGUCUAAUAAACGAAGAAUAAUAGAAAUAAAAAAACAAGUAGACAAUAAAAUACAAUCAAUGUUAGAAAGACAGUACGAACUUUUAAAAAUGCAUAAAAAAGAAAUAGAUAAAAUAAAUAAAAUAAAUGACGAAUAUGAUGAUAAAAAUGAAAAUGAAAGAAAUAUAGAUGAUACAGAAGAAAAAUAUAUACAUAAAAUAGAGGAAAGUGAAGAUCACAAAAAGAAAAAAGAAAUAAAUGAAGAUAAAAAUGAAAAUGAAAGAAAUAUAAAUGAUACAGAAGAAAAAGAUAUACAUAAAAUUGAGGAAAGUGAAGAUCACAAAAAGAAAAAAGAAAUAAAUGAAGAUAAAAAUGAAAGUCAAAAUGAAAUAAAUAGAGAAGAUAUGGAUAAAAUAGAGGAAGAACAAGAACAAAAAAAGGAAAAAAAAAUAAUUCAAGAUGAAAAUGAAGAUAACAUAAAUGAAUCAGAUAACUUUAAUUUAAAUAAACAAGAAUAUGUUAGGAAAAACAUAAAUUCUAAUUUAUUACCUCCAGAAGUAAAAUAUAAUGAAAAUCCUGAUUAUAAUAAACUUCAAGAAUAUGAAAAAAACGUUGAAACUAAUAGUAUGGAUCAAAAAGAUGAUUUAGAAAUAACUGAAGAAAAUACAAAAUUAGGAGGAGAAACAGAUGAAAGAAAUAAAUCAAAUGAAGGAAUAAGUUAUAGUGAUUAUAGAAAAACACAAGAUCAAGAAGAAAAUGAAAAAUUAAAUAAACAAGGUCAAAUUGAAAGUGCAAAAGAAAGAAUAGGAAAUAAAAAAAAUUAUCUAAGAAGAGGUACAGAAAAUGUAGAAGAUAAUGGGAUAAAAGUCGAUCCAAUAAAAGAAGAAAUAGUAGAAGAUGAGUUACCAUUUGGAACUGAGAAAAUAAAUCAACUAUCAAAUAAUUGGAUAGGUAAAAAUAGAAUACACAGUAAAGAGCGAAACGGAUAUCAGUUACCAGGAAGAUGGGUAAAUGGAUAUUACAUAGAGGGAGAAUGGAUAGAUGAUUAUCAACACCAAUAUGGAAUGGAUAUCGAAGAAUAUAAAAAUAAAUAUAAUAAUUCAGAUAAUUAUAAAGAAGGAGAUGGAUUAAUAAAUCAUAAUAUUCAAGUUUCGGAAGAAAAAAAAAAAACAAACGUGCUAUCAAAAGAAGAUAUAAAUGAACUAGGUAAUAGGGAAACUGAAGAGUUAUUUAAAAAACAUCAAUAUGCAGAUGACAAAAUAAAUGAAUACGAUGAAACUUCAAAUAAGAAUAAAAAUGAAAAAUAUCACUUAUUACAUCAUACAUUUGAUGACGAUACAGAUGAAAUAGAGCAUAUAAGCAAAUAUAAAAUUCCAAGUGAACAAAUAGCAAAUGAGCAUCAAAUUAGCAACGAUAAUGUAAGAAAAAAUAAUACAGAACAAAAUGAAAGUAUAAGAGGACAAUACUUAUCAGAUGAAUUUUUAAACAAAUAUUAUUUAUCAGGAAAAUUGAUAAACGAAAAUCAUUUGAAUGGAGAAAAUCAAGCAAAUAGUAAAGAAAUAAUAGAUCCUAAUUCACAUGUUGAAAAAAUAAAUGAAAAUGAUAUAACACAAGAAGCAAUUAAUAACGAUCAAUAUAAGAAUGAUUCAUUAUCUAAUGAAGACCAAAUAUCUAGUGAUAAUAUUAAUGGAGGAAAACAAGAAAUCAAUGAAGAAACAAAAGAACACGGAAAACAAGAAAUCAGUGAAGAAACAGAAGAACAUGGAAAACAAGAUAAUAAAAUGAAUAAUGAUGAUAAAGAAGAAACAUUUCAUUCGGAUCAAAACAAUAAUGAUAAAUUAACUUAUGAACAUCAAACUUAUGAUAAUAUCGAUCGAGGAAAACAAGAAAUCAAUGAAGAAACAAAAGAACAUGGAAAACAAGAUAAAAAAAUGAAAAAUGAUGAUGAUAAAGAAGAAGAAAUAUUUCAUCCUUAUCAAAUCAAGAAUGAUACAUUAAUUAAUGAACAUCAAAGUGGUGAUAAUAUGAAUGGAGGAAAACAAGAAAUCAAUGAAGAAACAAAAGAACACGGAAAACAAGAAAUCAGUGAAGAAACAGGAGAAUAUGGAAAACAAGAUAAAAAAAUGAAAAAUGAUGAUGAUAAAGAAGAAGAAAUAUUUCAUCCUGAUCAAAACAAGAAUGAUACAUUAACUAAUAAACAUCAAACUGAUGGUAAUAUCGAUGGAGAAAAACAAGAAAUCAGUGAAGAAACAGAAAAACUUGGAAAACAAGAAAUCAGUAAAACAACAAAAGAUCCUAAUUCACAAGUUGAAAAAAUAAAUGAAAAUGAUACAAAAAAAGAAACAAUUCAUAUCGAUCAUUAUAAUAAUGAUUCAUUAUCUAAUGAAGACCAAAUAACUUAUGAUAAUAUUAAUGGAAUAAAUAAAGAAAUUAGUAAAAUAAUAAGAGAACAUGGAAAACAAGAUAAAAGAAUGAACAAUGAUUAUGAUAAAGAAGAAGAAAUAUUUCAUUUUGAUCAAAACAAGAAUGAUAAAUUAACUAAUGAAAAUCAAACUUAUGAUAAUAUCGAUGGAGGAAAACAAGAAAUCAAUGAAGAAACAAAAGAACAUGGAAAACAAGAUAAAAAAAUGAAAAAUGAUGAUGAUAAAGAAGAAGUAAUAUUUCAUCCUUAUCAAAACAAGAAUGAUAUAUUANAGAAAAACAAGAAAUCAGUGAAGAAACAGAAAAACUUGGAAAACAAGAAAUCAGUAAAACAACAAAAGAUCCUAAUUCACAAGUUGAAAAAAGAAAAUGAUACAAAAAAAGAAACAAUUCAUAUCGAUCAUUAUAAUAAUGAUUCAUUAUCUAAUGAAGACCAAAUAACUUAUGAUAAUAUUAAUGGAAUAAAUAAAGAAAUUAGUAAAAUAAUAAGAGAACAUGGAAAACAAGAUAAAAGAAUGAACAAUGAUUAUGAUAAAGAAGAAGAAAUAUUUCAUUUUGAUCAAAACAAGAAUGAUAAAUUAACUAAUGAAAAUCAAACUUAUGAUAAUAUCGAUGGAGGAAAACAAGAAAUCAAUGAAGAAACAAAAGAACAUGGAAAACAAGAUAAAAAAAUGAAAAAUGAUGAUGAUAAAGAAGAAGUAAUAUUUCAUCCUUAUCAAAACAAGAAUGAUAUAUUAAUUAAUGAACAUCAUAGUGGUGAUAAUAUCGAUGGAGAAAAACAAAAAAUCAGUAAAACUAUAAAAGAUCCUAAUUCACCAAAUGAAAAAAUAAAUGAAAAUGAUACAAAAAAAGAAACAAUUCAUAUCGAUCAUUAUAAUAAUGAUUCAUUAUCUAAGGAAGACCAAAUAUCUAGUGAUAAUAUGAAUGGAGGAAAACAAGAAAUCAGUGAAGAAACAAAAGAACAUAUAAAACAAAAAAUCAGUGAAGAAACAGGAGAACAUGGAAAACAAGAUAAAAAAAUGAAAAAUGAUGAUGAUAAAGAAGAAGAAAUAUUUCAUUUUGAUCAAAACAAGAAUGAUAAAUUAACUAAUGAAAAUCAAACUUAUGAUAAUAUCGAUGGCGGAAAACAAGAAAUCAAUGAAGAAACAAAAGAACAUGGAAAACAAGAUAAUAAAAUGAAUAAUGAUGAUAAAGAAGAAACAUUUCAUUCGGAUCAAAACAAUAAUGAUAAAUUAACUUAUGAACAUCAAACUUAUGAUAAUAUCGAUCGAGGAAAACAAGAAAUCAAUGAAGAAACAAAAGAACAUGGAAAACAUGAUAAAAGAAUGAACAAUGAUGAUAAUAAAGAAGAAGAAAUAUUUCAUCCUGAUCAAAUCAAGAAUGAUACAUUAAUUAAUGAACAUCAUAGUGGUGAUAAUAUGAAUGGAGGAAAACAAGAAAUCAAUGAAGAAACAGGAGAAUAUGGAAAACAAGAUAAAAAAAUGGAAAAUGAUGAUGAUAAAGAAGAAGAAAUAUUUCAUUUUGAUCAAAAUAAUAAUGAUACAUUAACUAAUAAACAUCAAACUGAUGGUAAUAUCGAUGGAGAAAAACAAGAAAUCAGUGAAGAAACAGAAAAACUUGGAAAACAAGAAAUCAGUAAAACAACAAAAGAUCCUAAUUCACAAGUUGAAAAAAUAAAUGAAAAUGAUACGAAAAAAGAAACAAUUCAUAUCCAUCAUUAUAAUAAUGAUUCAUUAUCUAAUGAAGACCAAAUAAUUUAUGAUAAUAUUAAUGGAAUAAAUAAAGAAAUUAGUAAAAUAAUAAGAGAACAUGGAAAACAAGAUAAAAGAAUGAACAAUGAUUAUGAUAAAGAAGAAGAAAUAUUUCAUUUUGAUCAAAACAAGAAUGAUAAAUUAACUAAUGAACAUCAAACCUAUGAUAAUAUCGAGGAAGGAAAACAAGAAAUCAAUGAAGAAACAAAAGAACACGGAAAACAAGAAAUCAAUGAAGAAACAAAAGAACAUGGAAAACAAGAUAAUAAAAUGAAUAAUGAUGAUAAAGAAGAAACAUUUCAUUCGGAUCAAAACAAGAAUGAUAAGUUAACUUAUGAACAUCAAACUUAUGAUAAUAUCGAUGGAGGAAAACAAAAAAUCAAUGAAGAAACAAAAGAACAUGGAAAACAAGAAAUUAGUGAAGAAACAGAAGAACAUGGAAAACAUGAUAAAAAAAUGAAAAAUGAUGAUGUUAAAGAAGAAGAAAUAUUUCAUUCUGAUCAAAAUAAUAAUGGUACAUUAACUAAUAAACAUCAAACUGAUGGUAAUAUCGAUGGAGAAAAACAAGAAAUCAGUGAAGAAACAGAAGAACAUGGAAAACAAGAUAAUAAAAUGAAUAAUGAUGAUAAAGAAGAAACAUUUCAUUCUGAUCAAAACAAGAAUGAUAAAUUAACUUAUGAACAGCAAAGUGGUGAUAAUAUGAAUGGAGAAAAACAAGAAAUCAGUGAAGAAACAGAAGAACAUGGAAAACAAGAUAAAAAAAUGAAAAAUGAUGUUGAUAAAGAAGAAACAUUUCACUCUUAUCAAAACAAGAAUGAUACAUUAAUUAAUGAACAUCAUAGUGGUGAUAAUAUGAAUGGAGGAAAACAAAAAAUCAAUGAAGAAACAAAAGAACAUGGAAAACAAGAAAUCGAUAAAAUAAUAAGAGAAAAUGGAAAACAUGAUAAAAAAAUGAACAAUGAUGAUGAUAAAGAAGAAGAAAUAUUUCAUUUUGAUCAAAAUAAUAAUGAUACAGUAACUAAUAAAUAUCAAACUGAUGGUAAUAUCGAUGGAGAAAAACAAGAAAUCAGUGAAGAAACAGAAGAACAUGGAAAACAAGAUAAAAAAAUGAAAAAUGAUGAUGAUAAAGAAGAAGAAAUAUUUCAUUUUGAUCAAAACAAGAAUGAUAAAUUAACUAAUGAAAAUCAAACUUAUGAUAAUAUCGAUGGAGGAAAACAAAAAAUCAAUGAAGAAACAAAAGAACAUGGAAAACAAGAAAUCGAUAAAAUAAUAAGAGAAAAUGGAAAACAUGAUAAAAAAAUGAACAAUGAUGAUGAUAAAGAAGAAGAAAUAUUUCAUCCUGAUCAAAACAAGAAUGAUACAUUAAUUAAUGAACAUCAAAGUGGUGAUAAUAUGAAUGGAGGAAAACAAGAAAUCAAUGAAGAAACAAAAGAACACGGAAAACAAGAAAUCAGUGAAGAAACAGAAGAACAUGGAAAACAAGAUAUUAAAAUGAAAAAUGAUGAUGAUAAAGAAGAAACAUUUCACUCUUAUCAAAACAAGAAUGAUACAUUAAUUAAUGAACAUCAUAGUGGUGAUAAUAUGAAUGGAGGAAAACAAGUAAUCGGUGAAGAAACAAGAGAACAUGGAAAACAAGAAAUCAGUAAAGAAACAAAAUAUCCUAAUUCACAAGAUGAAAAAAUAAAUGAAAAUGAUAUAACUAAAGAAACAAUUAAUAACGAUCAAAAUAAGAAAGGCAUAUUAAUUAAUGAACAUCAAAAAAUUAGUGAUAAUGUGAGUGGAGUAAAUAAUGAAAUCGAUAAAAUAAUAAGAGAACAUGGAAAACAAGAUAAAAAAAUGAAAAAUGAUGAUGAUAUAGAAGAAACGUUUCAUUCUGAUCAAAAAAAGAAUGAUAAAUUAACUAAUGAACAUCAAAGUGGUGAUAAUAUGAAUGGAGGAAAACAUGAAAUCAGUAAAACAACAAAAGAUCCUAAUUCACAAGUUGUAAAAAUAAAUGAAAAUGAUACUACAAAAGAUACAAUUAAUAACGAUCAAAAUAAGAAAGGCACAUUAAUUAAUGAACAUCAAAAAACUAGUGAUAAUGUGAGUGGAGUAAAUAAUGAAAUCGAUAAAAUAAUAAGAGAACAUGGAAAACAAGAUAAAGAAAUGAACAAUGGUGACAAUAAAGAAGAAGAAAUAUUUCAUUUUGAUCAAAACAAGAAUGAUAAAUUAACUAAUGAACAUCAAACUUAUGAUAAUAUCGAUAGAGAAAAACAAGAAAUUAGUAAAACUAUAAAAGAUCCUAAUUCACCAGAUGAAAAAAUAAAUGAAAAUGAUAUAACAAAAAAAACAAUUAAUAACGAUCAAAAUAAUAAUGAUUCAUUAACUAAUGUACAUCAAAUUGAUGGUAAUAUCGAUGGAGAAAAACAAGAAAUUAGUAAAACUAUAAAAGAUCCUAAUUCACCAGAUGAAAAAAUAAAUGAAAAUGAUAUAACAAAGAAAACAAUUAAUAACGAUCAAGAUAAUAAUGAUUCAUUAACUAAUGUACAUCAAAUAAGUGAUAAUAUCGAUGGAGGAAAACAAGAAAUCAGUGAAGAAACAGAAGAACAUGGAAAAAAAGAUAAUAAAAUGAAUAAUGAUGAUAAAGAAGAAACAUUUCAUUCGGAUCAAAACAAGAAUGAUAAAUUAACUUAUGAACAUCAAAGUGGUGAUAAUAGGAAUGGAGGAAAACAAGAAAUCAAUGAAGAAACAAAAGAACAUGGAAAACAUGAUAAAAGAAUGAACAAUGAUGAUGAUAAAGAAGAAGAAAUAUUUCAUUCUGAUCAAAACAAGAAUGAUAAGUUAACUUAUGAACAUCAAACUUAUGAUAAUAUCGAUGGAGGAAAACAAGAAAUCAGUGAAGAAACAGAAGAACAUGUAAAACAAAAAAUCAUUGAAGAAACAGGAGAACAUGGAAAACAAGAUAAAAAAAUGAAAAAUGAUGAUGAUAAAGAAGAAGAAAUAUUUCAUAUUGAUCAAAAUAAUAAUGAUACAUUAACUAGUGAACAUCAAAAUAGUAAUAAUAUGAAUGGAGGAAAACAAGAAACCAGUAAAACUAUAAAAGAUCCUAAUUCACAAGUUGAAAAAAUAAAUGAAAAUGAUAUAACACAAGAAGCAAUUAAUAACGAUCAAUAUAAGAAUGAUUCAUUAUCUAAUGAAGACCAAAUAUCUAGUGAUAAUAUGAAUGGAGAAAAACAAGAAAUCAAUGAAGAAACAAAAGAACAUGGAAAAAAAGAAAUUAGUGAAGAAACAGAAGAACAUGGAAAACAAGAAAUUAGUAAAACUAUAAAAGAUCCUAAUUCACCAGAUGAAAAAAUAAAUGAAAAUGAUAUAACAAAGAAAACAAUUAAUAACGAUCAAGAUAAUAAUGAUUCAUUAACUAAUGUACAUCAAAUAAGUGAUAAUAUCGAUGGAGGAAAACAAGAAAUCAAUGAAGAAACAAAAGAACAUGGAAAACAAGAAAUUAGUGAAGAAACAGAAGAACAUGGAAAACAUGAUAAAAAAAUGAAAAAUGAUGAUGAUAAAGAAGAAGAAAUAUUUCAUUCUGAUCAAAACAAGAAUGAUAAGUUAACUUAUGAACAUCAAACUUAUGAUAAUAUCGAUGGAGAAAAACAAGAAAUCAGUGAAGAAACAGAAAAACUUGGAAAACAAGAAAUCAGUAAAACAACAAAAGAUCCUAAUUCACAAGUUGAAAAAAUAAAUGAAAAUGAUACAAAAAAAGAAACAAUUCAUAUCGAUCAUUAUAAUAAUGAUUCAUUAUCUAAUGAAGACCAAAUAACUUAUGAUAAUAUUAAUGGAAUAAAUAAAGAAAUUAGUAAAAUAAUAAGAGAACAUGGAAAACAAGAUAAAAGAAUGAACAAUGAUUAUGAUAAAGAAGAAGAAAUAUUUCAUUUUGAUCAAAACAAGAAUGAUAAAUUAACUAAUGAACAUCAAACCUAUGAUAAUAUCGAGGAAGGAAAACAAGAAAUCAAUGAAGAAACAAAAGAACAUGGAAAACAAGAUAAAAAAAUGAAUAAUGAUGAUGAUAAAGGAGAAGAAACUUUUCAUCCUGAUCAAAACAAGAAUGAUACAUUAAUUAAUGAACAUCAAAGUGGUGAUAAUAUGAAUGGAGGAAAACAAGAAAUCAAUGAAGAAACAAAAGAACAUGGAAAACAAGAAAUCAACGAAGAAACAGAAAAACUUGGAAAACAAGAAAUCAGUGAAGAAACAGGAGAAUAUGGAAAACAAGAUAAAAAAAUGAAAAAUGAUGAUGAUGAAGAAGAAGAAAUAUUUCAUUUUGAUCAAAAUAAUAAUGAUACAUUAACUAAUAAACAUCAAACUGAUGGUAAUAUCAAUGGAGAAAAACAAGAAAUCAGUAAAACAACAAAAGAUCUUAAUUCACAAGUUGAAAAAAUAAAUGAAAAUGAUAUAACAAAAGAAACAAUUAAUAAUGAUCAAAAUAAGAAUGAUUCAUUAUCUAAUGAAGACCAAAUAUCUAGUGAUAAUAUGAAUGGAGGAAAACAAGAAAUCAUUGAAGAAACAAAAGAACAUGGAAAACAAGAAAUCAGUGAAGAAACAGGAGAAUAUGGAAAACAAGAUAAAAAAAUGAAAAAUGAUGAUGAUAAAGAAGAAGAAAUAUUCCAUUCUGAUCAAAACAAGAAUGAUAAAUUAACUUAUGAACAUCAAAUAACUAGUGAUAAUAUCGAUGGAGAAAAACAAGAAAUCAGUGAAGAAACAAGAGAACAUGGAAAACAAGAUAAAAAAAUGAACAAUGAUGAUGAUAAAGAAGAAGAAAUAUUUCAUAAUGAUCAUUCAAAACAUCAUAAUAUAUCUAAUAAAAAUCAAAUUAGUGGUCCUAGUGUAUAUGACAAUGAUAAAAUAUCAAAUGAUACCUCAAGCAAUCAUCAAUUGCCAGAUAAAGAAAAAACUGAAAAAAAUAUUACAUUAGAAAAUGUAGAUAUAUAUAGAGAGACAAAUAAUAAAAUAAAUGAACAUAAAAUUGAUGAUAAAAAUAUAGAUGAUGAAAACCAAGUAUUAGGAGAAAAUAUAUACAAUAUACCAAGUAAAAAUCUGCCUAAAAAUCCAACAGAAAGUAAACAAAGUGAUAAUGAUCAUAAAAUUAAUUCUAUUUCAGAUAGUGAAAGUAAAGAUUCUAAUGAUAUGGAAAUUCAUAAGCAUGAAGAAGAUUAUAUGAAAGAAAAUCAAAAGACAAUUCAUGAGAAUCAUAAGGAUAGUGAUAUAAUAAAAAAAGAAUAUAUUACUCCAACUAAAAUAAACAAAGAAAAAAAUGGACUAAAAGAAAACAUAGGAAAAGAUGAAGAAAUUGAUAAAAAAAUAGAUUCAGAAAAAGACAAUAUGCAUACUGAAAUAAGUAAAAAAAAAAUUCAUGAUGAAGAAAUAGUAAACCAUCAAUUACUAGGAAAAAAAGAAAUGAAUGAAGAUGAGGAAAAACAACAAAAAAACGAAGUUCAAACAAAAAAUUACAUCGUAUCUAAUGAAAAUGAAGAACUUAAAUAUGAUAUAAAUAAAGGAGAUCAAACUCCAAGAGAAGUAGGUGAGCAUGAUACACUACAUACAGAAACAAAUAAAGAAAAAAAAAAAGAAACCAUUAAUUAUGAAGAAACUGGAAGUUUUUCAAUACACAAAAAUAAUCAAACAAAUGAUGCUAAUAUAAAUGAAGAACUUGAAAAAUUAGAUGAAAUGACAAUCAAAUAUUAUUUACCUAAUAAACUGAUAAAUGGAUAUCAAUCGCCUGACAGAUAUGUGAAUGGAGAUAAACUACCAGAUAUAGAUGAAAGUGGAGAAAAUAAUAAAGGUGAAACAAUUUAUGGUGAUCAAAAUGAAAUGCGAUUAACACACAAUAAAAAUCAAGCAAAUAAUACCAAUAUAAGUGAAAUAAAUAAAACAUUAAGUGGAUCACUAAAUGAACAUAAAUUUCCUGAAGAAAAUACUACAAAACUUCAACCAUCAAUUGAAACAAUAAGAGAAAAUAAACUAUUAGAUAAUAGCAUUAGGGAACAUAAAAUACAAGAUGAAACUAUUAAAAAACAUGAAAUAUCAGAUGAAAAUGUUAAAGAAUAUCAAAUACCAGGUGAAAAAGAAAAUGCCGAUCAGCUAAAAAGUGACCCGAUAAAUGAGAAAUUUAGUGAUAAUAUAGAUGCAAAUAAAUAUUUAGACGAUACUAAUGGAAAAAAUCAGAAAUUAAUUAGUGAAGAAUAUAAAAAACCAAAUGACAAAUAUCCAACUGAUGAUGAAACAGUAAGUAAUAAAAAUCAAAGUCCAAAUAAACAUAUUGAUAAGGAAAAUGAAGAUAAUGAAAAAUCUAAUGAAAUAAAACAUUCUUUAGAUAUAAAGAAAGAUGAAGAUCAAAUAGAAAGAGAAGAAAAUAUAAAUAUGGAAGAUCAUGCAUCAAAUGAUAAUAUAAAUAAAAAUGAAGAUGAGAGUCAAAAGGAAAAUAGUGAGAUAAAUGAAGAUAUAGUUGUUGAUAAAAUAGGAAGUGAAAAAAAAAGUAAAGAAACUCCUGUAAAACAAAAUAAAUUAGUUAAUACCAUAGAUCAAAAUGAUGCAAAUGUAGUUGAUAUAGAAAAAAUAGAUAUAAAAAAUCGUAAUAAUAAUGAAGAUGAUAAUGAAAGUGUCAGUAUAUCAUCACAUGAAAAAAAAGAAAUAGAUAAUAAAAGUGAAGGUCAUGUAAUAAAAAAUACUUCUAAACAGCCUGAAAAGGAAAAUGAAGUAAAAAUAAAAGAAAAAAUAGAUGGUAUGUCACAUAAGAAUAAUGACAUAGAAUAUAAUAAUGAACUAUCAGGUAACAUUGAUAAAAAUUCAGAUUCCACAUUUAUAAAAGAUAUAGAGGAGAAAUCAUCACAAGGAGAAUCCAAUAAACUUAAAUUAGCAACCGAACAUAAAGAAGAAAGAAAUAUUAAUAACUUAAUUGAUGACGUCAUAAAAGAAUAUAAUAACGAAAGUAAUGGCAAAAAAAUUAAUGAUAAUAUAAAUGAAAAACUAGAAACCCUUAGUGAUUAUGUAGAACAUAGGAAAAUGGUACCAAAUAGUAAAAAUGAAUAUCCAUAUAAAUAUUACGCAGAUACAAAGAGUAUUCAUAAAUUACUUUAUAAAAAGUCAAAAAAUGGAAAAAUUGAACCUAACAAAAUUAUUAUUGUUGGUCAGAAUAAUUUUAUCAUAGAUUCAAAUGAUGAGGUGAAUCCUUUCCCAAAAAAUAUGUCUAAUGAAGUUCAUAAACUUUUAGAUGAACAACUUCAAAAAGAUAUAGCACAUACGUUAAAUGAAAGUAAAAACCAAAAUGAACAUGAAAAUGGAAAUGAAAAUAAAAAAGGUAAAUUCAAUUAUGUUAAAGCAAUAAAAUAUGCAGGUAUGUCCACUUUAGCUGGAACUAUAAUAGCUUUAGGAGUUAUGUAUUAUUUCAAAAAGUAUCAUAGUAAUAAUUUUGAGGAAAAUGAAAAUUUAAAUAAUUUAGAAUUUCAAGGUAAUUCAGAUACUUUAUUAUGCGAAGAGAAAGGAAGGGAUAUUAUAGGUGGUGAAAUUGGAUACAAUGAUGAAAGUUGGUCAUAA